GGGCAAAUCUAUGAGAACCAGUUCUUAGUCCGCUUUCCAUGGAAUAGCCUGACUUCGUCAUUUGCUCUCUGGCUGUUGUUUUUUUCUUUUUUUUCUGAUCGAUUAUUAUUAUUUUUUCCCUUGCCCUAUUUUCUCACCCCUGGCGCUUUAUCCUCCGGCCUCGCUCGUUUUGCUGCUGUUUAUCCUCCGUUAUCAAUGAAGCCGUGACAACACCUCGUUCGCUCUCAGUAUAUAUAAGUUCCAGACGCCUUUCGUUAAUCGUCUGGUUUAGUUUACCCACUCUUGGUCACAUUCUGUCGAUUGCAAUUCGCUGUUUGUUCUUCACAAUGGAGAGCCCUCGACGAUCCGAUGCAAGCACCCCUGUGGACCCCUGUUCGCCGAUCUGCGUGGACACGCCCGCGACGGAAUCCUCGAUUUUGUUUGAUGGCAAUCUCGAAGAAUUGCUGCGCAACAUCCCUCUCGACCAAUACAUUCUUGUGACUGGAGGCCUGGGGUUCAUUGGAAGCCACACCACGUUGGAGCUCCUCAAAGCAAACUACAACGUGAUCGUCAUCGAUGAUCUUAGCAACUCCUUCCAGAAUGUCUUUGACCGGAUCAGUUUGCUAGCGUCAAAUCACCAUGAGCAGAAGGGAACGCAGAUGCCCUCACUGCGUCUGCAUGCCCAUGACUAUCGGGACACUUCUUCCCUCUGUGACCUUCUCGAAGAAUACCAGCUUCCAUCCCGAUGGGGGUCACCGAAGUCCAAAAUCGCCGGUGUCAUUCAUUUUGCGGCAUACAAGGCCGUGGAAGAGAGCAUCAGGAAACCGCUGAAGUACUAUGCCAACAACGUGAGCGGGCUGAUCGAUUUUACCGCAACCCUUGGCGAUUUUGGUAUAAAGACUUUCAUCUUCUCUUCGUCAGCCACUGUGUAUGGGACACUGGCGAAUUCGGGUCUUCCAUUGAAAGAGGAGUUUUGUGUGCAUAAGGAAGAGGUUUUCAAGGACCAUGACGGGGCCCAGAGGACCGUCAUGCCGGGGUGCACGGGAAUCACAAACCCCUAUGGACGCACCAAGUGGAUCUGCGAGACGAUAUUGGCAGACUUGGCUGUAUCUGAUCCUGAAUGGACCAUUGUGGCUCUGCGAUACUUUAACCCUAUCGGGUGCGACUCGUCAGGGCUUCUUGGAGAAGACCCCAGGCAGAUCCCCACCAACCUUCUCCCUGUUGUCGUCAAAGUCAUGACUGGAGAAUUUGAGCAUCUGCAAAUGUUCGGAACAGACUGGGACACUGAAGACGGCACAGCUGUCCGUGACUUCAUCCAUGUCACCGACCUUGCUCAAGGACACAUCGCGGCCCUCAGUGCCGCCAACGACGGAAAAUUGACCGAAAACUUCCGCACCUUCAACCUUGGAACUGGACGUGGUCAUUCCGUGAUGGAAGUUGUCAACGCCAUGGAGAGCGUAUCCUCCAAGAGCAUCCCGCGAAAGGCUGCUGAUCGUCGGGCGGGAGAUGUUGGUUCCUGCGUGGCUGUGGCCACAAGGUCGCAGGACGAGCUCCAGUGGAAGACAGAGAAGACGCUGAAAGAUGCUUGCGCCGAUAUCUGUAAUUUUUUGAAUGUCAGCGGCCUGUCUUCUUAGCAGUCUGAUGUUCGUGUAUUUAAUUUCGGUUUAUGUCCUGGAUGGCGCUUGGUUGAUUGUUUUGAUCAUGUUUUAGCACUUUCUUUCCUGUCUUGUCUUUAUAAUGUCUUUGGCUCUGCAUUUGCAUGAUAGAAAAGUAUGUCACUCCACAGCAGAUUUGCAUAUGUUAGCAUAUGUUAGCAUAUGUUAGCAUACUAUUCCACCCUGAUAAAAAAUACUGCGAGCAUUUCAAGAUUGAAUCUUGAAUCGCAUAUCUUCCAUGAUUCAUCUCGAGAUCUCAAACGAG